GCUGCUUUCUGUCAAUGCCACCACAAUGUCGUACCCAAACAACAAUAAUAACAAUGAAAUAUUUGAUUUGGACUUUCUCUCUUCAAAUAAUCAACGUAACCAAAAUAAUCAGAAUCCUCAAGAUGAUAACAACAACUCAAAUCUAAUUUCUCCCUCUGUUAACAUAAACUCUCCAUACAACCAUAACUUGCCCUCGUCCUCAUCCAAUUUCAAUCAACAAAAUCCUAAUACCACCACCACCACCAAUAGUAAUAAUAAUAAUAAUAAUAAUAAUAAUAAUAAUAAUAAUAAUAAUAAUAAUAAUGUUCCCAAUAACAACAGCGAAAUUUACUUAUCCGAUGACUCUUUCAAUAUCAAUGACGACGACCCCUUCAAAUUAAUAUCAAAUUCAGUAUCAAACACUAAUACUGCCUCAAAUUAUAAAAAUAAUCCUUUCAAUUCAAACUCUGACAUAAAUUUAAUUCAAUCAAAUGACAAGUUUAUAGAAAACGAUAUAGCAUUAGACGACGAUUCUUUUGUCAUCUUAAAUAACAAUAGCAACUCUCAUCAAAAUAAUAAUAACAACAACAAUAACAAUAACAAUAACAAUAACCCAAGAAAUAACAACAAUUAUAACCAAACUAACAGCAUCAACCUUAAUAGUCUUAGUAGCAGAAACAUCAAUUCCUCAAACUUGCAAAACUUCAAUACCUUAAACACCUCCCAGACUAACCCAUUUGAUGACCCUCCACGUAGAAGAUCAACAAACUCUACAACAAACAACCUAAUCAACAAUAACAGCGUCCUAAACAGCUCUUUGAAUCCCUCAACAACUAAUUUCCAAUCUCAAAAUAAAUUCAACAUAAAAUCUCUAUUCAACAAACACAUCCUUCGUAAACAGUCCUCCGGUGCCGAUCUAGGUCCAAGAGUAAUUUACUUGAAUAACAACAACUUGAUCUCUCAAAAUCAUAAAAAAUCUUCUUUAAACUACUUUAAUGACAAUCACAUCUCCACCACAAAAUACAAUUUUGCAACUUUUUUCCCUAAAUUCUUGUUUCAAGAAUUCUCAAAAUACGCAAACCUCUUCUUCCUUUUCACUUCCAUCAUACAACAAGUUCCCAAUGUCUCUCCAACAAAUAGAUACACAACAAUAGGCACUCUACUCAUAGUUCUCCUAGUAUCUGCAAUAAAAGAAAUAAUGGAAGAUAUCAAGCGAAACAACUCCGACAAAGAACUAAAUUUCUCAAAGGCUCUAGUAUUGGACUCAAAUACUGGCCUGUUCAUCAUUAAAAAAUGGCAAAACAUCUCGGUAGGUGAUAUAAUAAGAGUCAACUCUGAAGACCCAAUUCCAGCUGAUAUCGUCCUCUUAUCUUCCUCGGAACCUGAGGGGCUUUGUUAUAUCGAAACAUCAAACCUAGAUGGUGAAACAAACUUGAAAAUUAAACAAAGCAAAUCAAACACUUCCUCUCUAUGCAACCCCAUGGAUCUCAAAAACUUGUCUGGAAGAAUCCUAAGUGAACAACCAAAUUCCUCUCUUUACACUUACGAAGGUACUCUUAUCUUAAAUAACUACAACAACAACUCAAUUAACGAAAUCCCUCUAAACCCAGAUCAAUUACUACUAAGAGGUGCCACCUUAAGAAACACUCCCUGGAUUCAUGGUAUAGUAAUCUUCACAGGUCAUGAAACUAAACUAAUGCGAAAUGCAACUGCCACUCCUAUAAAGAGAACUGCAGUUGAAAAAAUCAUAAAUCUACAAAUCAUCGCUCUUUUUUCAAUCUUAAUCGUCUUGUCUCUCAUCUCCUCUUUGGGAAAUAUCAUUAAACUAUCAAUAGACUCAAAACACCUAGAUUAUUUGUAUCAGGCUCAAGAAAAUAAAGCAAGGCUAUUCUUUAAAGAUAUCUUAACAUUUUGGAUUCUUUUCUCAAAUUUAGUUCCCAUCUCUUUAUUUGUUACAGUGGAAAUCAUUAAAUAUUAUCAAGCCUAUAUGAUUGGUUCCGAUCUAGAUAUCUAUUUCGAAGAAAGAGACCAGCCAACCAUUUGUAGAACCUCUUCUCUAGUAGAAGAACUAGGCCAAGUUGAAUACAUCUUUUCUGAUAAAACUGGUACUUUAACAAGAAACAUAAUGGAAUUCAAAUCUUGCUCAAUUGGUGGUCAUUGUUAUAUCGAAGAAAUCCCCGAAGAUAAAAGUGCUACAAUUAUCGAUAAUGGAAUCGAAGUUGGUUUUAAUACUUUUGGAAAACUAAGAUCAACUUUAUUCAAUUUUGAUGAUGACCAAUCAAAAUAUAUCGAUGAAUUUCUACUUUUAUUAGCCUCCUGUCAUACUGUCAUCCCAGAAAUUAACAACGAUGGCUCAAUUAAAUAUCAAGCUGCUUCUCCCGAUGAAGGUGCCUUGGUAGAAGGUGCUGCGUAUUUGGGUUACAAAUUUGUAACAAGAAAGCCGAAAACUAUAACAAUCGAAACCCCUCAAGGUGAAGAACUAGAAUACGAAUUGCUAAAUAUUUGCGAAUUCAAUUCAACUAGAAAGAGAAUGUCUGCAAUAUUUAAGUGUCCUGAUGGUAUUAUUAGGUUGUUUUGCAAAGGUGCUGAUACUGUUAUACUUGAAAGACUAAAUCAAGAUGAUAACCCGUUUGUUGAUUCAACCAUGCGUCAUUUAGAAGACUAUGCAGCAGAAGGUUUAAGAACUUUAUGUAUUGCAUCAAGGAUUGUGCCUGAAAGAGAAUAUUUACAAUGGGCCCAAAUUUAUGAUAGUGCAUCAACAACAUUAAACAAUAGAUCGGAGGAAUUGGAUAAAGCAGCUGAAUUAAUUGAAAAGAAUUUGUUUUUAUUAGGCGCGACUGCAAUUGAGGAUAAAUUACAAGAUGGUGUGCCCGACACUAUCCAUACUCUACAAGAUGCAGGCAUUAAAAUAUGGGUUUUAACAGGUGAUAGGCAGGAGACUGCUAUCAACAUUGGUAUGUCAUGUAAAUUAUUAUCAGAAGACAUGAAUCUUUUGAUAAUAAAUGAAGAUAGUAAAGAAUCAACAAGAAGAAAUAUUCAGUCAAAAUUAAGUGCAUUUAAAGAGCACCAAGUGACAAAUGAGGAAAUUGAUUCAUUGGCAUUAGUAAUUGAUGGUAAGUCACUUGCGUACGCUUUAGAACCAGAUUUAGACACUCAAUUAUUAGAGAUUGCAACAAUGUGCAAAGCAGUUAUUUGCUGCAGAGUCUCACCAUUACAAAAGGCAUUGGUUGUUAAAAUGGUUAAAAAGCAUAAAAAGGCCAUAUUAUUAGCGAUUGGAGACGGUGCAAAUGAUGUUUCAAUGAUUCAAGCAGCACACAUUGGAGUUGGUAUUUCUGGUAUGGAAGGAAUGCAAGCAGCAAGAUCUGCUGAUUUCGCCAUUGGACAAUUCAAAUAUUUGAGAAAAUUGUUAUUGGUCCAUGGAUUAUGGUCGUAUCAAAGAAUAUCGCAAGCUAUAUUGUUUUCAUUUUACAAGAACAUUUGUCUUUAUAUGACACAAUUUUGGUAUGUUUUCUUAAACUGUUUCUCUGGGCAAUCGAUUGUUGAAUCAUGGACUUUAACGUUUUACAAUGUUUUAUUUACAGUUUUUCCACCAUUUAUAUUGGGAGUGUUUGAUCAGUUUAUUGGAGCUAGAUUGUUAGAUAAGUAUCCACAGUUGUACCAAUUGGGGCAAAAAUCCAAAUUUUUCAAUGUUAGAAUAUUUUGGGGAUGGGUUAUUAAUGGGUUUUAUCACUCUGGUAUAAUAUUUGUGGGAAGUAUAUUUAUUUAUAGAUAUGGGAACAGUCUUGAUGAUGGAAUGCAAGCGGAUCAUUGGGUUUGGGGUACAGCAGUUUUCACUACAGCGGUUUUGACGUCGUUAGGGAAAGCAGCAUUAAUCAGUAAUUCGUGGACAAAGUUCACGUUAUUGGGUAUACCAGGGAGUUUUUUGCUUUGGGUAGUUUUCUUCCCAGCUUAUGCUACUAUAGCACCAUUGAUUAAUGUUUCUAAAGAGUAUCGGGGAGUGUUGAAAUAUACAUAUCCUACGAUAAGUUUUUGGGCGUGUGUGUUUGUGUUGCCAUUGAUUUGUUUAUUAAGAGAUUUCAUUUGGAAGUAUUACAAGAGGAUGUAUUUGCCUGAAUCGUAUCACCAUGUUCAAGAGAUUCAAAAGUAUGAUAUUCAAGAUUACAGGCCCAGGAUGGAGCAAUUUCAAAAGGCGAUUAGAAAAGUUCGACAGGUUCAAAGAAUGAGGAAACAGCGUGGAUUUGCAUUCAGUCAAGCAGACGAAGGACAGGAGAGAAUUGUUCGGAUGUAUGAUACUACCAAGGCUAGAGGUAAAUAUGGAGAGUUAGUGGAUGCUAGAAUCGAGUAAUAAUUGAAUAGAAAAAUAGAAAAGUAGAAAAAUGUUUAUUAAAUAAAAAAAAGAGUAAAGAAAAUCGAUUAUAUAAAACCAGCUAGUAAUUGAAUUUUAACAAUCCCAAAAAUAAGAUAAAUAAAUAAAUAAAAUAGAUAAAUAUAGUAAUAAAUACGUAAAUAAGUGAGUAAAUAAAAAUGAGAUAAAAAUAAGGUUAGAUAAG